AUUGACACUUGCGUUACUUCCAAUGCUCGAUUGCAUCUUUGCAUUUGAUUAAAGACUCUAAUAGUGCUUCACUAUCCCAAUAGGAAUAUCCUAAUAACUCUAUCAGUUUGACUUUUCCUCACGACUUUAGUACCAUUCGUGCAGAAUAACAUUUGAUAACGAUACUACUGACCAAAAAAAAAGAAAAUGGACAAUUGAUGAACUAUGGUGAAACAAAAACAUUCAGUUAACAAUAAUAAUAAUAAUGAUAAUAAUAAUCCCACAAAUAUUUCACCUAUUCAUCAUCAUAUGAAUUUAUUACAUCAACAAAUAACCGUAUGCAUCAAUUCAAAAUCAUCCACAUUGGGAAAUGAAUCAUUUACAGCAUUAUUAUGUCGUAUGACUGGACAAAAUUUAAAACAUUUUAGUCGAAAAUCACAAACACGAUUAUCAUGUGUUAUACGUCGAUCAUUAUGUAAAAAAUGUCUAAUUCCAUUAGAAUUAUUUGGUAAAAUAAGAAUAAGAAAACGACAAAUCCGUGUGUGUUGUUCAUUAUGUCAUCAUCAAUUCAUUAUAACUUAUCCAAUUCUUCAUAAAUGGCAUAGAAAUUAUUUGGAAUCUAUACUACCAGAUUCAUUGUGUUAUUAUAAUGAAACUAUUGAAAAAUGUGACGAUGAAUAAUACAUAAUUAUCUUUAAUAAAAA